AUGCUCCAGCGGUCCGAAGCAAUACCUCUCCAUCACCUCACCGAAGCCCCUGCCGGCUGGGACCUGGCGACCGUCAUCGACGCUUUCGUCGAGUUGGCUGUUUAUGGUGCAGCAAGUUAUCAUGCGGCGCGAGCUCGCGAGGUGGUGAGCCUGCGGCUCGUGGAGCUCUGGGCCUCGCAGCCCGAGGAGGCCGAGGCCUGGCUCGAGCGCUGCCGGGAGCGCUUCGCGACGGAGCUCGACGGCAAGGAGGCAGGGCAGCAGCUCCUCGGCGAGGCGCUGCUUCGGCACGGGGCGGCCGAGCACGACAAGUACGGGUCCAACCACUGGCGCUUCUCCGAGGCGGGGCUCCUUCGAGGUGAGCUCCGCCCAGCAGCACAGCGGGAGCGUUUGACGGCUUGGUACCUGCAGCAUCCCCACAUCCGCGAUCGCUGCCGGGAGCUCGCGGAGCAGCUCGUGACGGCGGAGGAGAGCUCGGAGACGGCGAGGAAGCGGCAGAAGCUUGAGCAGGAGACUUCCGAGCGCCGUCGCCUCGAAGCGGAGCUCCAAACAUCGCAGGAGGAGUGUCGAGAUCUUCGCAAUCGCCUGGCCGCGGCGGAGGCGCAGGUGUCCAGCAAGGAUGCGGAGCUCCGAACUGCGCAGAGCGAGAGUGCAGGUCUCAAAGAGCAGUGCGAGAGUUUUGCAACGCGCGCCGCAGCUGGGGAGGCGGCAGUGACAGAGAUGCAGAUGGAGCUCGGGCAGUUGCAGGAGGAGCACAGCAAGUGCCAGGAGCACUACGAAGAGCUUGCGAAGUGCAUGGAGGCAGAAGCUAAGGAGAUUCUGAGGCGACUGCAAGAGGAUAAGCGAAGCUACCAGGACCGGGAGCACUGUCCGCAGGCAGAGGCCCACCCCGCUUGGGCAGAAGAGGCCGGGAGCAAGGCGGAAAUGCAGCUGCAGAAGGCAGUGCUCGAGGGGCGCUGUGAGCAGCUCCGGCAGCAGCUUGUCAAAGCCGAGGCGAAGCUGGAUCUCAUGCAGGGGGCCCGGAGCAAAGUCGAAUGGCAGCUUGAGAAGGAAAAUGCGGUACUGCAGGAGCGGUGUGAGCAGCUCCAGCAGCAGCUGGCUAAAACAGAGGGUCAGACGAGUCGUCUGUUAGAGGAGAAGGGCAUGUACCAGGAGAGACUUCGUGGGCUAGAGGACAAACUCACGACUUUGACGAAAGCGCAUCUGCAGUGGGACCCCUUUGCUGGCUGCCUUUCAGUGACUGCGAGUGAUGACGGGUCCUCCUCCUCGGAGCCGCACUGCUUCGUGCUGGACGCCAUCUUCAGGACGCGCCUCUACGACACGGACUACUUCAUUAUGGGCAGAGACCUCAAAAUGGGAUCGCAGGUCGUGGCCGGAAAUGGCAAAACCAUUCUGACGGUGACCAGUCCGCCAAAGAUCUGCGAUGCGACGGAGAUCGUCCACUUGCAAGCAGGAGAUGCGUCGCUGGAUGUGACGCCUGACCACCGGGUGCAGGUCCCCGAUGCCACGGGCGAGUGGGAUGAGAAUCUUUAUCGUCCAGCUGGAGCCUUGAAAACCGGUGACUUGGUGAUGCUCGACUCCGGGGAGCCGGCUGAACUCACCGAUGCAAAGACACUUCCCAUGGAGUGCAGCGUGGUGAAAAUCCGCCUCGACCCGCACCUCCCCGUGGCGGUCUUCUCCCGCCCCGCCUGCAUCGUCAGCUUGCCCUUCCCGAAGAAGAAAAACCGCCGAGGCAGACCUCCGAGCCACACGAAGGGAGAUGGUGGGUCAUCCGGCGAGAGCAUGGAUGGCGGAGCCUCAAUCCCAAGCACGGCCCCCGGCGAGUACGGCAAGUAG